AGUUCACUCAACUUACAGAUGGCCACGAAGUUCCUCGUCAGCGCUGUCUUGCUGACUUUCGCGCUCACGGUGUCUGCUGCCACGAUCGAGAAGCGUCAGGCUGCUACCAGCAUCGACACUCUUCUGAAGGGCCACGGCAAGGUCUUCUGGGGUACUUGUGCUGACCAGAACCGCCUCACCGUUGCACAGGAUGCUGCCAUCACUCAGGCCGACUUUGGCGGAGUCACUCCAGAAAACUCUAUGAAGUGGGAUGCCAUCGAACCCGCUCAGAAUCAGUUUAGUUGGGCUGGAGCAGACUAUCUUGUCAACUGGGCAACCACCAAUGGCAAGAAAAUUCGUGGACACACUUUCGUCUGGGCAGAACAACUGCCUACCUGGGUAACAAACAUCAAUGAUAAGGCGACAUUAACUAGCGUUCUUCAGAAUCACAUCACUCAGGUCAUGACUCGCUACAAGGGAAAACUCUACGCCGUAGAUGUUGUGAAUGAGCACAUCAAUGAGGACGGCACGAUCAAGAGCACCCACUGGACGCAAGUCUUAGGCAACGAUGUCUUCACUAUUGCAUUCCAGGCCGCUCGCGCUGUCGAUCCCACCGUAAAGCUUUACAUUAACGAUUACAAUCUCGAUUCGAACAACGCUAAGGUUGCAGGAAUCGUCAACUUGGUAAAGAGCUUGAACUCGGGUGGAACGAAGCUCGUUGAUGGCAUCGGUAGUCAAAGCCACCUCAGCGCCGGUGGGGCAGGCGGUGUACAAGCUGCCCUCACUGCUCUCGCUGGUGCCGGUGUCGAUGUUGCAAUCACAGAGCUUGACAUCGCCAAUGCCGCCGCUUCUGAUUACGAGGCCGUGGCUAGAGCCUGUGUAGCUGUUCCGUCUUGCGUCUCCAUCACCAGUUGGGGUGUUCGCGACCCCGACUCCUGGCGUGCGUCUACUAAUCCCUUGCUCUUCGACGCCAACUGGCAACCAAAGCCUGCCUACAACGGCAUCGUUAGUGUCUUGCAAAGUGGGGCUUCUUCAGUUCCAGGCUCAACUAGUACGCCCGUCGUGACUCCGACAACGAGCUCUACUGGCUCAGCGCCCACUGGCGGUGGCGGCACCGUUGCUCAUUGGGGACAGUGUGGGGGUAUAGGUUGGACCGGGGGAACGGUUUGUGCUUCUCCCUAUACGUGUCAGGCUUCCAAUGCCUAUUACAGCCAAUGCCUCUAACAUUAGGGACAGUCGUGUCUUUGCACAAAUUUCUGAUGCUUUUCCUUCGUUUCUUGAAUCUUGGGCAAAGGGUAGACCCUGAAACGUAAUUGUAACGGCGACGUUGUCCUCUCGGGUGUAGCGUAUAGUAGGCACUUCCUUGACUUGAUGCCGAAGCUAGUAGCAAGGGAUGCGUGAAAUUUUCUUAGGCCGAAUUCGAGAUCCCAC